AUGUCGUGGCAGGCAUACGUUGAUAACUCCAUGGUUGGCACCAAAUCGCUAUCUCGUGGAGCCAUUGUUGGACUGAAUGGAGGCAUUUGGGCAAUCAGCCCCAACCUCAAGAUUUCACCUGUGGAAGCUACCGCCUUGGUCAACUCUUUCAAAGAUGCUUCAGCUGCACGUGGUUCUGGAUUGUACUUGAAUGGUCAAAAAUACUUCUUCUUGGGUGGUGAUGAUCGAACCGUUCGUGGCAAACUGGGUGCUGGUGGUUGCCAUUGUGUCAAGACAAAACAAGCUGUGUUGGUUGGUAUUUACGAUGAGGGUAUUGCUCCUGGUGCUGCUUCCAACGUUAUGGAGAAACUGGCCGAUUACUUGAUUUCCACUGGUUAUGAUUCUCAGUUUUAUAUCGUAAUGGGACACGGCAAAUGGUGGGGCACGCCUCAAGUGCACACAUCAGGAUUCUACGAAUACGGAGUGUCUCCCUUCCAACAGAAGCUGUUUAAGGGAUUCCUCGCCCCAGGAAUAUUCAAAUGGGCAUCACGAUGGAGUAGAGCUGCUUUGUUUAUUGGACCUCCUUUCCUAUUCUUUUAUUCUCUCAAGCAAUGGGCUGAUUCAAAGUUUGAAUUCUACAACAGGAAGGUGUACUUGCACUCAGAUGCUGCCAAGGAGCACCAUUAA